AUGCGUUGGUUGCAGCCUCAGCUGCGCGACCUUCUCGCACCGGCUGCUCCUCCAUCAUACUCUUGUCCCGCCGUCGUCACCAGCAUCUUCGCCCGACCCACCACCAAAGGCAACCACAACAUGGCGUCGCUUCCAUCAUCCAAGGCGCUGGCCUCGCUGGCCUCGCUCCGUUCCGCACUUCAGUCUAUUCAGCCCGUUGCCGCUCGCGCCGCCGCAUCGCCCUCGCCCCUGCGCCGAGCAGCCGCCUCUUCGUCGCUGCACACCUCGGCAACCACGUACAACUCGGCAUCUUCGUCCACCGCAUCGGCCGCAUCGGACGUCGCGUCGUCCUCGUCCAUGCCUCUGGGCGAGCAGCAGCCCGAGUCGCACGCCUCGCAGUUCGAGUUUGGCGGCGAGACUUACGAGGUCCCCGCGUUUGACGAGGGCGAUCUGGUGGCUGUACCGAACAAGGCGCCGAUCGUGCAUGUGAAGCUGUCGGAGCUGCGCAAGGGAUCGCGUCCGGCGGGAGUGCCGGCCAAGGCGUACGUUCCACUGUCGGCUCACGUGUUCGAUGCGCCCGCGCGCAGGGAUGUGAUUCACAGCGCCGUCGUGUACUACCUCGAUGCGCAGCGUUCCGGUACGGCAUCCACCAAGGGUCGUUCGGACGUUCGUGGAUCCAUGAGGAAGCUUCGUCCGCAAAAGGGUUCCGGUCAGGCAAGAUUGGGCACCAUGUCGAACCCCAUGCUUCGUGGUGGUGCGGUUGCCCACGGACCGCGUCCUCGCGAUCACUCGACUAAACUCCCGCGUCGCGUUCGAGAACUCGCCCUGCGCUCUGCACUCUCGUCCAAAUGGAGACAGGGCGACCUCCUCGUCGUCGAUAACCUCGACUGGACUCCUCCACCUGGCUCAACUGGUCCCCUCGCUCGUCUGCUCGGGUCCAAGGGUUGGUCGGAUGCACUCUUCCUCACCGCGCCUCGAAACCCACAACCUUCGAUCCGCGCACUCAUCAAAGACGCACGUCCCUCUUCCGCCGACCCCGUCUACGACGAACAGCAGAAACUCGAACACCAACAGUCCAUUCGCAACUUUGUGCUUGCCAGCGGCAACCUCCCGCACGUCGAGCUCAUCGAGCUCGACGCUCUCACCGAGGAGUACCGUGAAAACAUCGCAAAGACGAGCGAAGACAAGAAGAAGCCCGGCGAACUCCACGCCUACGAAGUGCUGCGCAGGAACAAGGUCAUCUGCGACCUCGGCGCGGUAGAGUGGCUCGAGGAGAAACUCGGCGGCGCCAUCUUCCACGAGGAGGCCGACAUCGAGCUCGAAGCCGAGCAGGCUCAAGAGUUCACAUCCGAGCCCCUGCCCGCUCAGCCCGCCGAGCCUAUCCAGCCUGCUCCCGAAGCGCAGCCAACACCAAGCGCAUGA